AUGUCAGCCAAAUAUAGCAUCUAUUCAUCCUCUGAGUCCGAGAACGAGCAGCCGUCCGUCCCGCCAGACGAUGCGCUGGAGAAAGCAUUGCGCGAAGCUGUGGCCGCGGUCUUCAAGGCCGGGAACCUGGAGGAAUUGACCGUGAAACGAGUGCGACUCGCGGUGGAACAGAAACUCGGUCUGGAGGAAGGCUUUUUCAAGAACACGGGCGAGUGGAAGGCGCGCAGUGAUCGAGUCAUUAAGGACGAGGUGCAAGUACAGGAUAAUCUGACCAUGUCGCAAGAAGCGGCGCCAAUUGUCAAAUCCCCUCCGCCACCGCCAAAGCCGGAGACGAAGGCCCCGAAACGAACCAAAUCCGUCAGCGCGCCCAAGCCGAGAAAGCGCCAAAAGACCGAGACACCCGUGUCUGAUGGAGAAGAGGAGUCUACUCCGCCCAGUGAGGAAAGUGACUUUGAAGAGAGCGAAGAAGAAGUCAAGAAGCCCAAGAGGAGAUCAUCCGUGAAAAACACACCCAAGAAACAAGCCCCCAAGAAGGACGUGCCGGAAGAUUCAGACGUUGAGGCAUCUCCCGAUACUGGAAAGCCAGCCGCAGACGAGGGCGCCAAGGAUGACUCUGAAAGCGAAAUGUCUGUGGUCCUAGACGAAGAGCCCAAGCCUCCGCGGAAACGGAAGAAGAGCACCGAGGCCACAGCCAAAAGUGUGAAAAAGGAAGGGAAAAAGGCUGCAACCAAAGCAAAGGACGAAGAUCUCGAUCCCGAUCAGGCCGAGAUUAAGCGACUACAAGGGUGGCUCGUCAAGUGCGGGAUCCGCAAGAUGUGGUGGAGAGAACUAGCCCCGUACGAGACUCCCAAGGCAAAGAUCAAGCAUCUCAAGGGCAUGCUAGAGGACGCUGGCAUGAAGGGUCGGUAUUCCUUGGAGAAGGCGAGUCAGAUCCGGGAAGAGCGGGAACUGAAGGCGGAUUUGGAGGAGGUCCAGCAGGGCGCGAAACAAUGGGGGAUGGGAUCGGGCGAGGAAAGCGAUGCAAAGCCUCGACGCAGGCAGGCUCCUCGUAGCCACCAGGCGCUUGCGUUCCUGGAUGACGAGGGCGAAGAAUCGGAUUGA